UCUUUGUUCCGUGCACAGACGAUUUUCUUGACUUAGUUCGCGCAGUAUAUACGUUGUAAUCGUUGAGAUCAGUCGACACCCGACAAACUACGGCCAAAUAGUAUAACCGCAGUUGACUAUAAAACUUGGCCAGACAUUUCAAAGUGUAUAUAACGAUCAGUGCAAUUUUGUCAUUUUUAAAUAGACGAUUGAAGUGCCCGAACUAGUAUAUAAGCAGUCAUCAUCAUUAGAAACGUUUUCUAAUAACCGCUAAGGGGCCGGUGGUUACAGCGAAACGAUAAUAAACAGCGAAACUACGUACGGCUCUCGGCUACUAAACUGUGGCGAAGUGUGCGUUUAACGGACAAUCAAUAUUUUGGUCGAGCUUUCCGGAUCAGUGAGCAGUUGUUUAAUUAUUCGAUAUAUCGCUGUGGAACAGUUGUUUUCGAUCGAAUCUUAGUAGGAAAUAAAAUUUAUAGAAUUGAGACGUUAAUUAAGACGUAAAAAUUGUAAUUGUCCAUUCGGCAACUUGUUUGUCACAUAGGAACGUCACAACGGUUUGAAUAUAGAGAUUAAUAAUAGUCGUUUUGCCACUAACAGCAUGAUGGAGAAUGUGCAAUCGCUGCAUUAUGAGUACACGCUAGAGGAAAUUUUUUCUUUAGUUAGCGUGUCAGAAGAAUGGCAAAACAUUGUUCUGUCAAACGGGGAAACGAAAUUAAUAGAUCUUCUUGAUGCCCUGAAGAACCCGAAUGAUUUCAUUUCACUCGUGAGAUCGACGAACCUAAUAAGUCCAACUACAUUCGUUCCGCUGGACUCAACACUGUGGCCUGGCUACACUGUGCUACACAUGGUAGCGGCUAUACCCAAGAAGGCGAAGCCGCCUGAGACCGAUUUUAACGACAUAGAUAUCGUUGAAAUAUGCAUGAAUCGAAGAGCCGACAUAAUGGCGAAAAAUGCCGAAGGCAUGACGCCAAUUCAUGUGGCGUUCUACGCAAGGAAAUACGACAUUAUUGCAAUGUUGCUGAAUUAUCAAUGCAAAUUAACCGAAAAUCCAAGCGACAAGAAUCUUGUGUCGCACUUUCACAUUGCUUGCGCCGUCGGUCAUCGGCUAUCCGUCCAGCAUUUAUUGUCGAACGGCGUCAACGUGAAUAUCACGGAUAUCAAUGGCUUCACGGCUCUGCAUACACUGAUAUUCCAAACGGCCUAUAAGGACAACAUUUACGAAGUACUCUUGUCCAAUGAGGGUCUGGAAGAGCGCACGACUCUGCGCGGACACCUCAAUCAUCUGCACGUUGCCUGCUACUUUUCGCAUUUCGACUGUAUUAAAAAAUUGCUUGAAGCCGGCUCGGACGUCAACAGUCGCCUGUAUGAGCAAUGUGUACAACCGUGUAGCAAACGUUUGCCCCACUACUAUUACGGCUUCUACAAGCACGUAGAGCCCAUUUUCACGACGAAGCCUUUUUUCAAUUACGGGGCAAUAGAUUUCCUGUGGCGCGAAGGCUAUCGAAAAACCGAAGAUCUGAUCAGGAUCACUUUCCUGUUGAUCGAACACAACAUCGACAUAUCGGACAAACAGGUGACAGUGGUUAACCCGCUGGAAUGCUUGUUGAGCCAACGGUGUUUCCGCAACCAGUGCUACAAGGCAUUCUACGAGAACGCUGCGAUAAAGGCUCGCCUGAAUAACGAAUUGGGCAUUUUGGAUCUCCAUCUCGCUUGUUUCCUCGUCAACCGCCAACUGGUCGAACAGCUGAUCACGAGCGGAAUCAACGUCAAUUCCAAAGUUCACACUGACUCGACGAUAUGGCAAGGGUACACGCCGCUUCACUGUGUUGCCCGGAGGGUGCUUGACGAAUUGUACGGCAAAACUGUCAAUGUGCUUUUCGUCUUGCAGUUGGUUGAAAUUGUCCGAUUGCUGACAAAACACGGAGCUCUUUUAUUGACGACGAAAGAGGAGGACGGCGAUACGCCGCUUCAUUUGAUCAACUUGAAUUACGGUGCCAAGAAAUUAUGCAGAGUUUCCAACUUGAUUUCGGUCCUCUUCGAUUUGGCCGACUUCACCGUCAACUCGACCAAUUGCCAAGGAAUCUCGCAUUUUCACAUCGCGUGCGCGACACAUAUAGAAGCGGUGAUCAAGAAGUAUUUGGAAGAAUGUGAAUUCGACGUUAAUCAAGCUAUCAACAUAUCCUGCCCAGUUUAUCCUGGCAGCACAGCCUUACAUCUGCUUGUGAAAUCUUACCAUACGCAUGACUUGAGAGUUGAGAAAAUUAUCUUAAGAUCGCUGGAUAAAAUGAUAAGUCAUAAUGCUAAUGUUAACGUACAAGAUGUUUGUGGCAACACUCCAUUAAUCGAAGCUGUUCAACUGCCAAGCGUAUCAAUGCGUUACCAUUUAUGCUCCAAAUUAAUUAGCCUUGGCGCUGACGUUUACGCAACGAAUGUGCAAGGCGUCACGGCUUUUCAAAUGUUAAUGAGGACAAAGAACUGCCCGGCGCUGGAUGAAAUCGAUUUGUUUUUGAAGGCUGGCUGCGAUUUGGAUAUGUACAAUCAUGUUACUGGAGAGAGUUGCAUAGGGGAAGCCUUGUUCUCUUUCAAUCUAAAUGAGCCAACCUGGAAGAAUAUUCGUUUACGGGAAAUAUUUAAGAAUCGAAUGAAAACUGGAUGUCAAAAUGGAGGACGCAGCAUCAUGCACGAUCUAGCUUCCAUUGACUAUAAUGGUAGACGCUUUGGAGUCAACAGAUCACACGGGAUCCAUCGGGAUCCCAUAGUCAAGAAUCUCACGAAAAUCCAUGAAUGGUUAGCGAAACGAGGCUGUGACGUAGAUCACCAAGAUGAUAAAGGUCAAACGGCCCUUCACCUGGCGGUGAAAUACGACAAUUGGCCGUCCAUGAUGGGCCUGUUGAAUAUUGGCGCGGACAUCAAUUUGUCAGACAAAUCUGGAAAAACCAUCUUUGGAUAUAUUCCUGUUUCCGACGAGUAUAAAACACCGGAACAGGUUCGUGUUGUUGCAGUGAUUUUAGCCAGGCAUGCGUACCAUAUGGAGUAUUGCAAGCUGCCUGUGACCGAGGAGAGAAAAUCAAUACAAUUUGAAGAAAUGUAUCUGCGGGAAAGGGGCUUGGAUUUAGUAUUUUUACUUUUCUACAAAGAAUUAAAUAUCCUCAUGGAGUUGAAAGAUGACAAAAAUUUUCCGUUUUCACUUUACGCCUUUUUGAUAUCGGAAAAUACGGUAUUAACUUACAAUAGUAUGACGAUAGAAGAUCGUAUACGAUUCGAUGAGAUGGUUGCACAGAUCAGCAAAGAGGAAUAUACAAUAGUCCCUAGUAUACUAAGAUUGAAGUAUCGGCAAACUUAUCAGAGAAUGGCAUUGUUACAAUCCGCUUCGCAAUCGUUCAAUUCACUAAUCAGCAGGGAUAUACCGGAGGAAUGUUUUCAAUAUAUUGCGUGUUUUUUAAAUAAUGAUGAUCUGCAGCAAAUGAUUGAUAUAAGCAAUUAAACAACUGCCUUACAUAUCAAUGAAAAGAUUUUUAAUGUUUCUAUAAGCAAAAUGUUAUCAAAAUUCAACAAUG